UUACAAGCACGGGCCAGUCAACAGGGGAAGUUUCAGGAUUCCACACUCCAGCCAUCCCGUUAAACGGAUAUUGUAAAUUCCCAAGAUGAAACUUUGCCUCCUGUUGCUGCCCGUCCUUCUUAUCUGCACACUCCUUCCACUGAGUGACUGUGACGAGCAACACCUCAAAGAAGACCAACUUUUGGUGGUGACAGUUGCAACUAAGGAGACUGAUGGCUUCAGGCGUUUCUUGAGAUCAGCGAGACACUUUAAUUACACUGUCAAGGUCCUUGGUCGGGGCCAGAAAUGGAAAGGAGGCGACUUCUUGUCAACCCCUGGAGGAGGUCAAAAAGUGCGAAUUCUAAAAGACGCCUUGGAGGAAAUGAAGGAUGAGGACAAAGUUAUUCUUUUUAUUGACAGCUACGAUGUGAUUUUCGCCUCAAGUCCCAAAGAACUGCUAAAGAAGUUUGUGCAGGCCAAACACAAGGUGGUGUUCUCGUCUGAGAGCUUGAUUUGGCCUGACAGACACUUGGAGGAUAAACACCCACAUGUCCGGGAGGGCAACAGGUUCCUCGGCUCAGGAGGCUUCAUUGGCUACCUGCCCAACAUCAAAGAAAUGGUUGCUGACUGGGCGGGAGCAGACAACGACAGCGAUCAGCUCUUUUUCACCAAGAUUUAUAUCAAUCCAGAUAAAAGAAAAUCUAUAAAUAUCACACUGGACAGUAAAUGCAGAUUGUUUCAGAACCUUCAUGGAGCCCUUGAUGAGGUGGUGUUAAAAUUUGAGGAUGGACAUGUACGAGCCAGAAAUUUGCUGUAUGAUACUCUACCUGUCAUCAUUCAUGGGAACGGACCGACCAAGCUUCAGGUUAACUACCUGGGUAACUACAUACCAAACACAUGGACGUUUGAGACCGGCUGCACCGUGUGUCACAAGGAUCUACUCCCACUCGCAUCUCUAAAGGAAGACGAAUAUCCCUUGGUGGUGAUUGGUGUCUUCAUUCAGCAGCCCACCCCCUUUGUCGGUGUGUUUUUCGAACGCCUGGUGAAGCUCCAGUAUCCCAAGAAUAGGCUCAAACUCUUUGUUUUCAACAAGGAACUGCACCAUGAGCGUGAGGUUAGUUCUUUCCUGCAGGAUUAUGGAAGUCUUUACCUGGAUGUCAAGUUCAUUGGGCCCGAAGAAGGGUUAGAUGGAGCAACUGCACGCAACAUGGGCUUUGAUAUGUGCAGGAAGCAGGCAGACUGUGACUAUUUCUUCAGCUUGGACAUUGAAGUGGUUUUGAAGAAUGAGAACACUCUUAAAACUCUGAUCGAACAAAACCUACCUAUUGUGGCACCAAUGUUGACCCGUAGUGGCCGAUUGUGGAGCAACUUCUGGGGAGCCCUCAGCGCAAAUGGCUACUAUGCCCGGUCUGAGGACUACGUGGACAUCGUUCACGGACACAGGACGGGAAUAUGGAAUGUCCCAUACGUAACGAGUGUGUACCUGAUGAAGGCCAGCCUCCUCCGCUCAGAGCUCUCAGACAGUGAUCUGUUUCACUCACACUCCUUGGACCCUGACAUGGCUUUUUGUCAACAUGUUAGAAAUAAGGGAGUUUUCAUGUAUGUAACCAACAUGCAAACUUUUGGACGGAUCCUGUCAACAGAAAACUAUCAGACCAGUCAUCUGCAUAAUGAUCUGUGGCAGAUCUUUGAAAAUCCUGAGGAUUGGCAGGAGCGCUACAUUCAUGAGAACUACACUCGCAUCAUGAAAGAUAAACUCAUUUUAACCCCUUGCCCCGACGUAUACUGGUUUCCAAUAUUGUCCGAUAUCGCUUGCAACCACCUGGUUGAAGAAAUGGAACACUUUGGGAAGUGGUCAGGAGGCGGUAAUGUGGACACUAGAAUCCAAGGUGGCUAUGAGAACGUCCCCACCAUCGACAUUCACCUGAAACAAGUCAACUUCGACAAGGAAUGGCGACAGUUUUUACUGCAGUACGUUGCGCCCAUAACAGAGAAAAUGUACCCUGGUUACUACACCAAGUGUUCCACCCCCUUGAACUUCGUGGUGAGGUACAAACCGGACGAGCAGCCCCUGCUCGAGCCUCACCAUGAUGCCUCCACAUUCACUAUAAACAUUGCUCUCAACAGCAAAGAAGUUGACUACCAGGCUCAUUUUGACUUGGCCUUUGUAGUUAGAUAUAAGCCAGAUGAGCAGCCAUUUUUGAGGCCACAUCACGACGCCUCCACAUUCACUAUAAACAUAGCACUCAAUCAGAAGGUCCUUGAUUACCAGGGUGGCGGAUGCAGAUUCCUACGCUAUGACUGCUCCAUCGAUGCUCCACGUAAAGGCUGGGCCCUCAUGCACCCGGGGCGCCUCACCCACUAUCACGAAGGCUUGCCCACCACGGCCGGUGUCCGCUACAUUGCAGUGUCUUUUGUGGACCCCUGAACGAGGGCACACGUCACCCAAGAGGACACAUACACACACACACUGGCAGCAUAUUUAAAAUAGAUUAUAAAGCAUCACACAGAGUGUUGACUGCUGCUUCUUCACUUGUUUCAAUGUGACACAUUCUGUUGAACAAUGAGUGGGCAGACCUGGGUUAUAAAAACACAAAAAAAGGGAACUAGUGCCAGUAAAUUGUCUUAAAAAAAAAAAGUCAACUAAGUAUACUGUUGAAAUUUCAAUUGUAUUUAUUUUUUCCCACAUAACGGGGGACUGUUGCCACUGAAAAGUCCCACGCCUACUCUCAUGUGCCUGAAGUUGGCAGUGUGGGGCAUAUGUCUCAUAGUGGUUGGUACGAAAAUUUACUCCACUUUUUGUAAAACCUCAAUGUUGAAAUGACAGCCGUUCUUGUGCCUUAACUGUAAAAAACAGGUCAGCCCAAUAAAUACUUGUACUGUCAACACUGCCUUUUUGUAGUUUUAUUUCAGG